UCUAUGUUCUUCCAUGUGUCAGUGACUCCGAAGAAGACUCUGGUUGUUAAGCGCACUCUCCUCCAUCAUGUCCCUCCGCACCAUGUUUGCGCUGCGCUCUCUGUCGCGUCCUGCGCUCCUCAGAUAUACCGCUGCUGCUCAGUUUCAUGCGUCUUCACACUGCAGUGGCGCAAAAGUCGCUGUUGUGUUGUCAGGAUGUGGUGUAUAUGAUGGCACUGAAAUCCAUGAGGCAUCAGCAAUCCUUGUGCAUCUAAGUCGGGCAGGUGCAGAGGCUCAGAUGUUUGCUCCAGAUGUGUCUCAGAUGCAUGUGAUAGACCACGGCAAAGGUCAGCCUGUGGAGAAUGAGUCAAGGAACGUCUUAUCAGAAUCAGCACGUAUCGCUAGGGGCAACAUCACUGACCUGGCAAAACUGAAUGUCAGUAAUCAUGAUGCAGUCAUCUUUCCUGGUGGUUUUGGUGCAGCUAAAAACCUGUCAACAUUUGCUGUUGAUGGAAAGGACUGUAAGGUGAACAAGGAAGUUGAGCGAGUUUUAAAGAACUUCCAUAAUGCAGGAAAGCCAAUUGGGUUGUGCUGUAUAUCUCCAGUGCUGGCUGCGAAAGUUCUUCCUGGUGUGGAUGUGACGGUGGGUCAUGAGGAGGAAGAAGGUGGGAAGUGGCCAUAUGCUGGUACAACUCAAGCCAUCACUGCACUGGGAGCCAAACAUACUGUCAAAGAAGUCACCGAAUCCCAUGUGGACAAGAAGAACAAGGUGGUGACCACACCUGCUUUCAUGUGUGAAACAAAGUUGCACUUGAUUUUUGAUGGGAUUGGUGCUAUGGUGAGAGAUGUCCUAAAGCUCAGCGGGAAGUGAAAGUUCAACCAAUAUAUCAGUAUUUUCAGGUUCAUUGCAUAGAGCUCGCCAGUCAUAUAGGAUCUGUAUCAGACUGCUUAAAAGAUAAAGACUAGGCUAUUUCUUGCUGUGAUUUGUUGUGAUUUGCUGAAAUGACUCGACAGACAUUACUAAUCAAACAUAUAUCUGCCUGACAGUGUUAAAUGGUAUUUUGGUGAAUAUACAGCAGAGGGCACUCUCUGUAUUUAAAAAAGAUAAUGUGAAUUAUAUGUAGCUCCAUGAUUUUCUCAAUCUUGAAAACCUUAACUUGCCAAGUAAGAUAAACUCACCAGUUGUUUAAAAAAAGAGAACCAGUUAAAAGCUUGACAACUCCUUAUGUCAUUUAAAGUAGACACAGUCUGUGUUGAAAUAUGAAGUUUGAAAUGAUGAAUAAAGUGAAUAUUUUUUCUAAAAAUUAU